AUGUCCCUGUCGACGAUCCGACGCCAAGUCAAGAACGCGGCGUAUAACCUUUCCGAUGCCCAGAUCAAGGCACGCGAAGCCACGAGCAACGACCCUUGGGGCCCCUCAACCGCACUGAUGAAUGAGAUUGCCGAAAUCACGCUACGGCCGGCCGCCCUGGGCGACGUACUUGGCAUCAUUUGGAAGCGAUUGGGCGAUCACGGCAAGAAUUGGCGCCACGUCUACAAGAGCCUCGUUCUCCUCGACUUCCUCGUCAAGAACGGCAGCAUGAGGAUAGUGGAAGAGUGCCGUGAGAAUUUGUGCGCCAUCGAGACACUGAAGGAUUUUCAACGCUUUGAACACAAUCAUGACCAGGGGCUGACUAUCCGAGAAAAGGCGAAGCAUUUGGUAGCGUUACUCGGUGAUGAGGUGCGUUUGCAAGACGAACGAAGGCGCCGCCUGCAGGUCCGAGAUGGUGCGCGUCCACGAGAUACCGAAAAUAGCCGAACAACUAUCCGAACGCAGCCAACUGGGAUUGGAAGUCGGAUAGAGACGCUGCCGCUAAGCGAAGAAACGCAGCUGAAGAUGGCGCUAGCACUUAGUCUACAAGAGGCGGAACGAGCCGUUGCCAAAAGCGAGGACGUUUUGCUGCAGAUGGCCUUCGAGGAAAGCCGACGUGAGGCCGAUCGUUCUAUUAUUCGGGAACAGCCAAAACCCGCAAAGGCAUGUGAUUAUCUUGAGGAUUUGUUGACACUUCAAUUU